GCUUGUCCCCGGAAGUAAACAGAGUGACUCCACGCUGCAUUGACGGAUAUGUUAUUGUUUACAACCCCACAGUGACACAGCGUCACAAGGGUAUCAACGCCGGAUUGACUAUAUUUUUAAUGACACUUUUCACUUCAAAUCCUCCAUCUUAUCGUUUUAUAUUCGUAGCAGCUACAGCCAUACGUUUUUUUAAUUAAAGUUUUGUGUGCUAUUCACCGGUAAGCUUGCUAACCGGCGCGUUCUCGGUGGAAGUGAGUCAGCUAAAGUUAAGAACAAGUUAACUACAGUUGUCAUUUGUGUUGCCAUGGACCAAACUGACUCCUUCCCAGUGAAGCUGUACGUCUACGACCUGUCCAGAGGAAUGGCCCGACAGCUGAGCGCUGCCAUGCUGGGGAAACACCUUGAUGGGAUAUGGCACACAGCGGUUGUGGUCCAUGGAAAGGAGUUCUUCUUUGUUGGAGAAGGCAUCAAUAGUUGUUCACCUGGGGACACCCCUUUGGGUGGGCCUGACUGCGUUGUGGACCUGGGCCUCACCGAGGUUCCUCUAGAGAUCUUCAUGGAGUAUCUGACUUCACUUGCAGAGUCCACAUACAGCAGUGACAAGUACAACUUAUUGGAGCACAACUGCAACACUUUCAGCAACGAGGUGGCUCAAUUCCUAACAGGCAAAAAGAUCCCAUCAUACAUUACAGACCUUCCAUCUGAAGUACUGUCCACCCCAUUUGGCCAGGCUCUCCGUCCUUUACUGGAUUCCAUCAACAUUAAUCCUGGAGGCAGCAACAUAACCGGACGGCGAUAGACAGGGCCAUGUAUAUCAAUGAAGAUAUAUCCAUUCAUUUUUGGAAUGCUGUUCCCAGCCUCUCUUCAUCAGUGGGGAUGCUGUUAAUUGCAGUUUAUCACAAGUUUUUAUUCUGAAACCACAGGGACAGGUUUCUUCCACAAUCAGCUGGGGGACAUCUGAGAGUAGAUUCAGUGCUUUUCAGCUCACUGCUGUGCAGGCAAUGGGAUUGUUAAUGCGGUCAUUUCCUGUUUUCAUUCUUUCUUUUUUCCUUCCCAGUAGACUUUAUUUUGACAGGACUGUACUCAUAGGGCAGGGUAACAGUACGUUAAAGUAAAAAAUUAAGUAAUCGGUAUCUCUGCCGCUGUCAGGUCUUUGUAUUUGACCCAAUGAGGUCCUGUGUUAUCUGUAAGAUGUUAAAGUUUGUUACCUGUGAAACGUUUCAUUCAAAAACAAUCUAAUGACCACAGAGCAUGUAAGUGCUCCUUUAGAUACGGGACCAAUCAUCUCUUCAUCUUUACGUCUUUCAGACGCUUUAUUUUUGACUUUAGUUCAGUUUAUGUUAUGUUAAAUGAUAUUGACUAUUGGAUGAUUUGUGUAGUUAGACACUGUAAAUAAUAUAAAGCAGUAAAUAAUACACACUGUAGGUAUUACAACGAUAACCACUUCACUCCACCAUGGUAUCACUAUUGUGUGACCAUUAUUCCCUCCUUAUGGAAACACAUAAAAACCCUUUUUCUGUUCAUUCCUCGAUAAUCUUCCUUUGAACUAUUUAUUCUUUUCUUGAAAUUCCUUGUAGCUAUUGCACACACUCAUUAACAACGCUUAAAGUUUGUCUGUAUACGUUAGAAGAAUGAUUUGUAAUGAAAUUCUCCCUAAAAAUUUUAAUUGUCUUCAAUUCCAUUGUACAAGGUCUGAAUUUUGAAAAUAAAAUGUUUAAUAUGA